UCCGGCGUUGGCGGCCCAGCGGCGGAAUGGCCAUGAGUGGGGGUGAUGAGGAGUUUGCCUGGAAGCCUCCGACAGAGGCUGAGAUGAAGGUGAUCGAGGCUCGGCGUGAACGUCAUGACAAGAUCAGCAAGCUGAUGGGGGAUUACCUGCUGAAGGGCUACCGGAUGCUGGCAGACUCCUGCGUGGAGUGUGGGACGGUCCUUCUGCAGGACAAGAAGCAGAAAACCUACUGUGUGGCCUGUCAGGAGCUGAAUUCUGAUUUGGACAAGGAUAACCCAGCCUUGAACCCGCAGGCGGCCCUGAGCCAAGUGAGGGAGCGACAGCGGCUCUACAACGGCCACCCUCAGGACCUGUCGGUGGACACCCGGCCCCCGGAGCCGCCCAAGCCGGCGGCCACCUCCCCUGUCCCCCCUCCGGAGGCCGCGGCCUCGCUGCCCUGCUGCACCCUGGCCGGCGCCGCGGGGGAGGCCGAGCGGGCGUUGCUGCGGAAGAUGGCCUGGGCCUGCGGCGAGCUGGAGCGGGCCGCGUCCGUCGAGUACAGCUCGCAGCUCUGCGGCCUGAUCCGGAGCUGCGCCGACUCCCUGCACAGCCUGAAGCGGCUGGCGUAGUACCGCGCCCGGACUGAGGGGGCGCCGCUCCCCCAGGCGCCGGCCACGCCCCCCGCGUCCCCCCCGCCCCCAGGCGCCGGCCACGCCCCCCGCGUCCCCGCCCCCAGGCGCCGGCCACGCCCCCCGCGUCCCCGCCCCUAGGCGCCGGCCACGCCCCCGAUGGCCCCUCCCCCUCGCUCAGGCCGGCCCCCUCUCCCGGCCCUGCUGGGCCCAGGACUAUUGUUGCAAACAGUUGCUGCAAUUCCAAGCCCCCAGAGGGUGAAGGGGCUGUGGCUCCUCCCACCCACCCAGGCCACGCCCCCUCUAACAAGCCCCGCCCCCUCGCCGUGUGACUGCCUCGAUGCCUCCUGCGCCGUUGGAUGCCCCUGUGCAGAUCCCUCGCCCAUCCGUGAACCCUGCGGCUGUCGAGCCCCUGCCUCCAGGGAGCAGGGGCUGUGCCCACGACCCGCGGGAAAGUGUGCGGUCCGAGGCGGGAGUUCCACGGGGUGACCGUCGCCGGCAUCCCCACCUGCCCCUUUGGAGCCCAGGAUUGGCAGGACGUCCUCCAACCAAUGCAGGGGCCCGGGUGAAAGUUGCACUGAUCCCUACUGUCUGGGAUUCAGACUUGACUCCAGACUAGCCACAAAACAGCCGGUCGAGCAGCAUCUGUCGAGGAGGAGGACGUUUCGGGUCGAGGUUCUGCCUGACCCGCUGAGUUUCUCCAACAGUUUGUAUUUUCCUCCAGAUUCCAGCACCUGUGCAGGCUAUCCCCAGGUUACGAACGCCCGCCUUACGGACACCCUGACAUACGAAAGGGCACCUGUACUGGUAUUAAAUUCGAUAGUCCGACAAAGGUGCGGACUUCCAUUCCUACAACGGCAGAACUAGUUUCCUCUCUCCACUUUUAGUAAUUGUUCUUUCCUGUGUGCUUUCGAUGCCAUUUAUAACAAAACCGGUGGCGGUGUAGCACUGAGGUGUUUUAUAUAUUUUCCAACUUGCGGACAAAAUCGAUUUCUGGACGUCUGUAAGAACGGAACCUGUUCGUAACCUCGGGCCGGCCUGAAGACUUCUGUGUCUCUAGGCUAGCGGUGGAUGUACUCCUGGAGGUUUCAGUAUAAGACCGAGUGUCCCAGUUGAUCAACUAAUCCCAUAUGUUCAGAGCAAACAAAGGUAUUCAGAGUGAAGUUACAAAGCACAUUUUGUUAGUAACUUUUUUUAUGCAUUAUUCGUGGCAGUACCCAGAUUAAUUAUUAGUCCUUGGGGUUUGUGGGACAAUCCUGGCGCCUUGGCCAUUCUACUACUGAACGCGCCUGUUGUACAAACAUGUUAACAUCUCUAAAGGAGUUUUGAACAGCCGUGUGUGCUUUUACUAUAGGAUGAAGAGGAAGAGGAGGGACGGGUCAGUUGUGCACGACCCUGUGGCCUUCGGCAUCUGUUCGGUCCUCCAGGCUGAAGUUGUGAAGCUUCACUCUGGGCGGUAUCGCCGGCCCCGAGGCGCAUCUGAUGGGAUGGUGCAGAGGGAGCUUUAUUUAACCCGUGCUGUGUUUGACGGAGGGGGGGGGGGGGGAGUAUAAAGGGAGCAUUGCUCUCCGGGAAAUCAGAGGCCAGUUUUCAGUAAAUUGGGACACAAUUUAAUCUCGCCCAUUUGGAACCGAUUCCAGGCUCCUGGUCCGGCGAGUGUUGUACAAACACUGACGCCCUCUGGGAUGAAGUGUUCCCAUUCGCUGGAGACCAGCCCGCCAACCAGAACGAACGUAAACUGUGACCCUUGUUUUCGUAUUUUGAUUUAAGUUAAUAAAACGUUUGCAUUUUC